CUUAUAGGAAUUCUUGGACACAUCAGUAAAAGAGGCCUUUCCUUACUUACUGAAAGUCAUUCCACACCAAUAAGCAUUGCACAUUCUGACAUGAAGGUUCAUAUACUUCCUGCACUUUCUGAUAAUUACAUGUAUCUUGUUGUUGAUGAGGACACAAAAGAAGCUGCCAUUGUUGAUCCAGUAGAACCUAAAAAGGUAUAUUUUUAUUUGUUUCUGAACACCCUGAAGUUUAAACAAUUAAUUAAGAAAUUUCUUUCUCCUCAGUCAAACUACAUGAUCUCCAUUUUUGGACUGAUAGAUCAUUUAGGUCAUUGAUUAUAUGCACAGCAGCAGUAGUAACCAAAAAGAAGUUAUCAAAUGUGAACAGUGUAGACCGGCUUAUAACCAUUAUAAAUUAAUAUGAGUGAUUUGAAAACUUGAUUUGUUCAUAAUUUUUUAUUGUUAUUUAGCCAAAAGGCAUUCUGUCUCUUUAAGUAAUCAUUAUUUUGCUUAUAAAGACAUCUCAUAACUACACUGUAUAUUGAAUGACAUUUCUAUUAAAGAAUUGUUUUGAUGGCCCAAAAUACAGGAUGUAUGUCAAACAGAAAAAGGGAAUUAUGGCUGUGAUACUAGCUCUGACUAGCUUUGAAAGUUCUGAAAGUCACGACCCACAAUACUAUCAGAUGUAGCACCCUUCUGCUACCACUACUUUCAGAUAGCUACUUUCGAAGUGUCAUUACUUUUGGAUGGCUAAAACAUGUACUCCACAUGGACACUUCAAAAAAUAAAAUUGCAAAAAAUGUGAAAGGAAUACUUUUUGAAAAAAGGUAACGUAUUUUAAGAGUUAUGAAUAGGAACGUCAAAUAAUCAUUAUUAGCAAACCUCGGAUCAGUGUGGCAUUUGUUCUGGAUAUCUAUCAUAUCCAUUAUUUUUCUCAAAAAAGGGAAAUUAGUUUUGAGGUCUCUACUUUGGAGGGUCAUUUCGUGGAGAUCCCUACUUUCAGGAUUUGCUAACACCUGCGACAUUUCAUUGCUGCUUUUGGAGGUUCGCUACUUUUGAGGGGUCGUUAAUUUUGGAACUUUACUGUAAUAUUCCCUUCCCUGGGCAUUCUUCCUGAUUUUUUUCAUUCCCUUGAAGUUUUUUGCAUGAAGCCCUUUCAUUGAUGAUAGAACUCAGGUUUCUCAUUGCCUUCUCUUUAAAAAAAAAGUGGAUUACUAAUUCUGACACAGUUUUUUAUAGGUCAUUGCAGCUGUUAAGAAAGAAGGAGUUAAACUUACAACAGUAUUGACCACCCAUCAUCAUUGGUAAGUGCUAACAUCCUAUAUGGCAUUGUAUUGUUAUAACUAGCUUUCCAUACAGACAUUCUAUUCUGCAAUGAGCCGAAAGAACACUUGCAUGGGAGUCAGCACCGAUUAGUAUCCCAUUAAUGUUCACUUGAAAACUGAGUGGUAGUUUUUUGGUGUUGUGGACAUUUGCAAUCACCAAUAAUUUGAUAUACAGUUGAACCUCUCUACAACGGCCACCUUGGGGACAGAACGAAAGUAGCCAUUGUAGAGAAGUUGAAGCAAGAGUGAAUGUAUGGACUGUCCACCGAAAAAAUGGCCAUUGUAGAGAGGUGGCCUUUACAGGGCUGUCAACUCUCCCAGAUAAUCCAGGAGACUCCAGAUUUUGGACCGUAUCUCCCAGACUCAAGAUUAGAGUCUGAAAUAUUAAUCUCAAGGAUAAUCACCGAAGUUUGCCAUUUCUUGUAGACUUGACUUUCCUUAAAUAAAAUUUCAAAUACUUUGCGUUGUUUGAGCUAUUUAACUGUUUAUACCACUACUUGAGAAAUUUCUGCAAUUUGAUUGGCUUAGAGCAGUGGUAUUUCAGCUAAAUUUGAAAUACCUACAUGUGAAAAUUACAAACCUUUUGCGAGUGUGGUAUAAACAAUUAAUAGCAUGAUCUGUACGUGAUAUUUGGCAUAAAUACCACUAGUGAUAUUUGUUUUAAAAGAGUUUAAAGUGAGCGGAUUGCCGAGCACUUUAAUGCAUAUUGUUAAAGCUUUAUAGUGAGCACCAUAAAUACGGUUUAUAGUGAUGUUUAGUACGAUAAUGGAUAUGAUUCAUCAAACGUUUUCUCAAAAGACUCUGGUAUGCCAUUGUAAUAUAAGCAAUAAUGUGAUUGGUGGGAAGUAAACCAAUCAGGUCAAAUGUUACAAUGCCAACAACCUCUCUUUUGCACGUUUUGUGUCAUCGCAAAUUCGUAAUGAUCGGAGUCAACAAGUAUUUUUUUGCAUAAACGAUGUCAUGUGCUGAACAUUAUGACGUCAUCUAUCAUCCCUUCCCUAUCAAUUCUCAAUAUUUAAAGACAUGGGGUGUUGACAGUUCUGCCUUUAGUGGAGGUUCGACUGUAAUGCUAAAGAUAGUAAAGACACAGAACAAUACUCAUACCACAAUACCAAAGUGAACCAACAAUGGAUUCCCCAACAUCAAGAAACCCCACACUGAGUUCAACGGGUACAGAUAUUAUUUCUCAACAGUAAGUCAUCAUAAUUUUAUAUCUUCAACUCCAGCUCAAAUUUGAUUCAAACACAAGGACUGUACACGCAUGCACAGUGCAAGCGAUAACAUAUUUGUGCUGAUGAAAACAUGUUUCUCAUGAUGAAAAGUGACCUAGUCACCAUGCACUGACUUAGGUGAAGUUGCUUUUCUUUGUUGUGCCCACUGACAUCAAAAAAGAUGGUGAAUAUUAAUUUUCUAAAAUGGCCUUUAUGGUUUUUGGUUGAUGAUGUUGGAUUCCUCUCCAUUCAGUAUUUCCUACUUUGAUCUCAAGAAUAAAGUUCUUUUGGCUUUAUAAUAAAUCCUUUACUGGCUGGAUAUUCACCUUGUUCUUAUCUCUUGUUUUGUAUUUCUAUUUAUCUUGACUUUGGCCAACAUCCAGCUCGCCAUCUUGACCUUAUGCUUGGUCUCUAACACAUACCUAUUUUAGUUGUUAUGAAAGUGUUAAUUUUUUCCCUAAUGUUUAAUGUGUGUAGGGAUCAUGCAGGUGGUAAUGAGGAGCUAGCUGGGCUUGUGAAGGGACUGACGGUGUGUGGUGGUGAUGAUAGAAUUGGGGCACUUAACCAGAAAGUUGGUCAUGGAGACCAGUUGAAGGUACGGUUACUUUCCUUCUCCAAUGAUACAUUCCUCUAGUAGGAUGCACCUGUGGAACUGUUUCUUGUCAGGCCCAUGUAGAAAACAUACUUCCACAUUAAAAUUGCUUGCAGUUGGAGUUUCAUUAGACGCUGGGACCCGGUUACCGGCACAAGUGUUUUCUAAUCACAGUACCCCAUUAUAAGUGGAAAAGCUGACUCUUAAACCACUUUUCCAACUCGCCCCACUUCCUCCACCAUGGGCAGCAAGCAGUUUAACCUUUUGACUCUGCUUAUCUAGUUUUUUAGUCAUGGUAUAAUGUCAAGUCAAUGUAACGUUUUAUUCUAUGAACAAACUUCUCUAAGGGGGAUCAGCCAGGGUUUGGGGGUUUACAGUGUUUUUAAUACACAAGUGGUUUAACAGUGUUCUUACCACAUUGUGGCAUUGCCACCCUUUUUCGGGAAAUGCUGCACUAUAAUUAGCCCAGGGGGUUCCAAGGGUGCAAAGAAGGAAAACAAAAACAAAACAAAAAUUGUGACCCACUUUUCUCCCUCAUGACCCCCUUUUACCCUUUUACCCUACGUGUAUGAAAUCCUUGUCAGAACACUGUUUUUUUAGUGAUUAUAACAGUAGUCUUAUCUCAGUUUUUGCACAAAAGUAGAAUUGUUGGACACCUGGAUUGUUUCAGAGAUUUUGAGCUCCCUCUCUUUUUUAGGGGCAGAUGGUGGGGGGGAGGAGUUGGGGUUUGCAGAGGGUCAGGGCAGAUUCAUUAUUAUUAUCAUUUAAUUAUUAUUUAUUAAGUUCCUGACUCGUGAUCAGUAAGUCUUAACCUACCUUAAAGUAGUAGGUAUUCAUUUUUUUCUAAUUAAGUAGACGUGACUUAACUCAAUGUCUCUUGGUAACUUCCCUUUAAGAUUGGAAAUCUUAAUGUCAAGUGUUUAUUCACUCCAUGCCAUACAAGUGGUCAUAUUUGCUAUGUGGUUAAUGGGAAACCAAAUGCUGUGUUCACUGGUAAGCCUAGAUAUUUUCAUUUAUCCCAAAAAGGAUUUUCCUUGCUUGAAUACCUAUAGUUGCAAAUGAGAUAUUUAUGUCCCGAAAUGCACACUUUAGGAUGGAAAUUUAACAUUCUCCAGGCAAUGUGGGGAAACAUCUUGAAAAUUAUCUUUUUUCCUUCCUAUUCUUGGAAAACUCCACAUUCAUCCACCUAAUUAUAGUUGUGGAUGAAUGUGGCAAAGACUAGAAUUUGUUGAAGACAUGACGACUUGUUACCUUUGUUUAAAAUCCUGGGUACAGAACUCAGUUCCCUUAAAUUUGUAGACAACUGUUAUCAGGUGACUUGUAAUACAUAGAGUUUUCUCUACAGACACUACCCUUUUACCUUUCAGGUGACACUCUAUUUGUUGCUGGGUGUGGUAAAUUUUUUGAAGGUCGUCCACCUGAAAUGUACAAAGCUCUGAUUGAAAUCCUAGGAAAAUUGCCACAAGAUACUGUAAGUAUACCAUUAGGAACCUUAAGAUGCAUGCUAUCUGCCCAUGUGUACAGUGUACAUGUAGAGGAUCAUGUUUGCCACAUAGUUGCAUAAAAGGUGACCAUAACAUCCCAGAUGUAUUAAUAUGGCAUUAUCAUUCUAAACUGGUAGCCUAGCCAAUUUUUGUAGGUAACUGUUGGUCUAACCUUAAAAACAGCUAAGGGUAAUUCACCUGUACCCAUACAAGGAAAUGGUGUUAAUAUAUAUGCAGAGCAGAUCAUCACAGUUUUACGCCUGAGUCGCAUAUGGAGGCUGGGUGCCUAGGAACCUGGGGGCUGGAGCUGCCGACCCCUAACCCAGGUGGCAAGAACAGCCCAAAUUCCUGCCCUACCUGCAACCUAGCCACGAGCCUCACUCGUCACAAGUAAAUUUCUGUGACUUUUUGAUCAAGGAAAAGGAACUUUAGUUCGAGUCAGCAGUGAAUUUGAGUUAUCCGAGUUUGACUUAACCAAGUAAAAAUGACUGGAAAGUGGGGUGAAAUCCAAGGGAAAUUGGACUUAGUUCGAGUUGGCGGAGAGUUCGAGUUAUUAGGCUUCUUAUCAUAGCAGUCUCCUUGGUUAACUGACUUACAGUAUGCUUUAUUUUUAUUUUGAGGAAACAUUUAGCAAAACAACUAAUGGUAGCUAUGUAUUUUGGCUCUUUGGCAGCUUGUUUAUUGUGGUCAUGAGUACACUGAAAACAAUCUGAAGUAUGCAGUUCAUGUUGAACCAGAUAAUGCUGAAAUUCACAAAGCAAUUGAGUGGGCAAAGGUAAGAUAUGCCUCUAGUCUCUAAAUCAUAAUAAGUGGACAUACUAAAUUUAACUAACUAAACAGAAUUCUGGGGUUUGCAAAUGUAUUUUGCAGAACAAACGGAAAUCAAAUGUGCCAACAGUACCAUCUACCAUUGGAGAUGAGUUUAAGUUUAAUCCUUUCAUGAGAGUCCAGUAA